AUCACUCUUUCCUUUCUCUAUAAAUACCUCCACACCCCUCUCCGAAUUGUUGCCCCUUGUUUUGGUAAUUGAGCGUAGGCUGUUUGUAUGCGUGUGUGCCGGAGUCGAGAAGAGAGGGAGCAGGUGGAGUUGGUUGCUGUUUUGUCGUGUUCUUCACUGUAGCAUCAGAGUCCAGAGUUGGGAGUUUGGGAAUUCUUUGAAGGGUUAACUUUUUUUCUGAACAGAAGCAAUGGAGGUAUUUGGAAAAUCUGUGGUUGCUGUUCAUUCCAAUGUUAUUUACUUGUCAAGUAUUCUAGGCCAGGAUGGGCCUAAUCCAAUUCACAAGUGUGACUGGAAAUGUGAGAAUGAAAAUUUGUUUGGGAACAUGUAUCGCUGCAAGCUAACUGGGCUGACACACGUUUGUGAUAAAAACUGUAAUCAGAGAAUUGUUUAUGAUAAUCAUAGCUCCCUCUGCAGAGUGAGCAAACAGAUUUUCCCUCUAACACCGGUUGAGCAACAAGCUGUCAGAGGGGUCCGAAGGAAGCUUGAUGCUGAGAAUUCCUCAACUGAAUAUUGUUCUUUUAAGCGCAGAAGGGACGCACAGUGUCACCCCUCACCAUUUGAGAGACCCUUUACUACUGUUGGUCCCAUCUGCAGUCCUAUUGGCGAUGGCAUGGAUACAAACUAGUCAUUAUAACUUCAUGUUUCAUAUCCAUCCUUGUCCUUUUCCCUUUAGAUCUUGCUCUUUUCCUACUAUAAGUCAAGGACUAAAGAACUCAUCGAGUACCUCAGUGGCAGGCUUCAUUGUAUCGCCUUUUAUGUAGGAACUUUAUGUUUAACUUUCCUUUAUUGGAGUUGUAGCUAUGCCGAUGUCAUAAGACUCUUAACUAUUAGGAAGUUUAUGAUACUAUAUCUUGCGAACUAUGAUGAAGCUCGAUGCAUUUUAUUGCAUGGCAUCUUGAAGUACUAUGAGACAGGGUUAUAUUAAAUUUUAGUUUUCUAUUUGAUGGUGCUCUGCUAACUGCUUCUCUUCCACUGUUAUUUAUUUUUUUUCAUUUGUAUCUUGUCUCUUGAGGUUAUUUAUUGUAAUGUCUCCGACUCCAUUGCCUUCAUGAAAGCAAGGCAAUCAGCAGGAAUUUUCUGAUGAAGUUUAUGAUUUUCAUUCAGUGGCUCGGUUUGGUUGUACAUAUAUUAGUUAUAGUUAUGAGAUGAUUGUAAAUUUCUGAGAGGCUUUAACUUUUAGGAGGAUGUUUUGUGUUUCAGGACAGGAAUAUCUUUUUAUUUGGUGGAAAGUUACCUGUACUGAUAUUUACUUGAUUUUAUGUUGUGUUGCAGGUUGAAAAGGAAGGCCUUAAUCAAUUUUUGUUUCAUUUGUUUCUUGUUUUGUGCUUCUAUUAUGGUUUCUGUACAUCUCAGUUCCUAAAAUGAUGUUGCUUUUGCAGGAUCUUGAAGUGUAUGCCACUCAGGAGAGUUCAAAUAUAGUUUGUUGUUUUGAUGAAUGGAUUUUAAUAGUGUAAUGUGUUCUGAAUUUUGGGAAACCUUUAUUAAUAGAUUUUUGGUUUGUAUUCUAUGCAGGAAAUGAAUUGCUCCUCCAUCAGUUGCAGCUCAGGAACGGCGGAAGGAAUGCCAUUAAGUCAUACUUCCAUCAAUCCAGUACAUGGGAUUGAUCUGAGACAUGAAAAACCAUAUCGACUCCAGUCAUUUCCAGGCCUUAAUCCGGACAUUCCAUAAUUUUGGGAUGAGCAUUGAGGAAUGAGGAAUCACACGCCAUGAGGACAUAUUUCCGGCCUGCUGGUUCAUUGGAUGCAUCUGACAGUUAAAAGUCUCAGUCGCUUCCAAGGACUCACCCUUGAUGUCAUGUUUUUUGGGGUGGGGCAUUAAGGAAUCACAGUGGUGAUAUCCUUCAGCUUCAAUUUGCUGGUUUGAGCUUUUCCGUUUACCAACAAUGAAAAGGUACAUCUUCCUGGAUCGCCAAUCAUGAUCCAUGAAUAAAGGAUCCUUGUUGCUGGUUUGCGUUUCUUCUGGAAAUCCUCAGAUUGUUUUUCUUUUGUUUGGACCUUAUAAGAAACGUGGCAUUGUUUGGUAGGUGGUGAUUGUAGAUUUUAUCCACAAAAUAGGGGGACAAUAUGUGAUAAGAUCAGUUUGUAACACGCUCUGGUUCUGUCCAAUGUUUUAGAUAUCCUAGUACCAGUUUGAUUCUGAUAAUCUAUUCAAGAAAAAGCAUAAUCAUCUGCAGAAUUGAGUAUCUUGGACUUUGUUGUGCACGUGCCGGAGUUGAUGCUCAUUGAGAUAUGAGCGUAUCGGGUCACGUGAUCGGUGGUUAAGUGCAUCUUUCUUCAACAUUGUAAUAUAAAAAGUUGUAGCACAGUUGUCAAGAGUAGUUUAACUGUAACUUUAUCAGGACUUGGUUACACGAGUUGUUUAGUCUAGUUUAAUGACUGACAAUUUUUUGGAAGUCAUUGUUUAUA